GUUUCUCAUGACUUGAGUUAGCGAGCCAGGGCCCAAUGUCUUCUGUAAUCAGAACGGACGGGUUCACAGCGGCGAAGAUGCGGCCCUGGUGCGUUGCGGCAGUGCUUCUGUGGUGCGUGACAGCCACAGAUGGCAAACCACUCCCUUCUCUGCCAGAUUUUGGGAAGACCUAUCAUGUCAAAGGAGUGAUAUCCCUACCCUAUGCUGAAAUAAAGGAGCCAUUUGAAGCCUGGUUCGACCUGCCGGGGAACUCCAGCCGAAUAGACUACUACCAUGGUCAGGUGUCCACAUAUCAGUUAGGAGCAGAGAAGCAGUGGGGUGUGUCCUACAAAAUCACUCCUGAGACAACGGAGGUGGAGCUGAAUGCUAUGAAAUGCUUUGAAGUCAAUGGUACAAAGGAGGACCCAGUCAAACCUCAAGUGUCACUGCCUGAUGUCCAGGGUUUUCAGUUUCUGGGAAUGGAGUAUUAUGGAGGUUCCCUUUGUGAAGUCUGGCAAAACGUGACCAUUGUGGGUCACAAGAAGAACACUUACACGCUGUGGGUGACCAGGCCAGAGAGGGGUGCAGAGACCAAGGCAGAGCUCCCCACACCCCUCCAUUAUGAGAUGAUGGGCUAUAACACACUGCUGGGAUCCCAUUAUGACAAAUACCUGGUGGACUACAAGGAGUUUAGCACACAUGUGGACCCAAAGGUCUUCUCACUGCCCGAAGAGGUGAGCUGUGGAGGAUUCCCUGGUCCAGGUGUGGAGCACCACAUGUUGGCCAAUCCAAUGAAGGAGCUCAUCCACACAUCAGCCUCGGGCCACGCACAACGUAUAUUUAGCCACUAUAAGAAGAAAUACCAGCGUCGCUAUGGGGAUGAGAGGGAGCACGAGAAGAGAGAACACGCUUUUCUUCAUAACCUACGAUAUGUCCACUCUAAGAACAGAGCGGGUCUGACUUUCUCCCUGGCGCUGAACCCGCUGUCAGAUCACACCAUGUCUGAGGUGGUCACCAUGAUGGGAAGAAGACAGGGGAAGACCCCAAACAAAGGGCUGCCCUUCCCCUCGAAGCUCUACGAUGGGGUGCAAGUACCGGAUUCUGUCGACUGGAGGCUUUACGGUGCUGUGACUCCAGUGAAGGACCAGGCCAUCUGUGGGUCCUGUUGGAGUUUUGCCACCACUGGAACAGUAGAGGGUGCCCUCUUCCUGAAGACGGGCUCCCUGCAGGUCCUGUCUCAGCAGAUGCUGGUGGACUGCUCCUGGGGCUUCGGCAACAACGGCUGCGAUGGCGGGGAGGAGUGGAGAGCAUAUGAGUGGAUAAUGAAGCACGGGGGCAUCGCUACGACCGAGACUUACGGAGCCUACAUGGGAAUGAACGGACUGUGCCGUGUGAACGCGUCCCAGCUGACUGCACAGAUCAAGAACUACACGAACGUCACAUCGGGCAGUGCAGAGGCUCUCAAGUUAGCACUGUUCAAAAACGGACCGGUCGCAGUCAGUAUCGAUGCUUCACAUCGAUCCUUUGUCUUCUACAGCCAUGGCGUGUACUACGAACCGGACUGUGGCAACACACCUGAUGACUUGGACCACGCUGUGCUCGCAGUGGGCUACGGCACCCUAGACGGGGAACCCUACUGGUUGAUAAAGAACUCGUGGUCCACCUAUUGGGGCAACGACGGCUACAUACUCAUGUCUAUGAAGGACAACAACUGCGGCGUCACCACUGAUGCCACAUACGUCACGCUGGCAUAGACCGCGUUCAGCUGCACUUCCUGUUCCUAUUAGUGCCACUAUGUGAGAGUGCCUGCAGGAGACUUAUCGUUUAAGGGGUCGUGUGUGUGUGUUUGUGUGUGUGUGUGUGGGAGAGUUGAGGAGUAGUUUUGUCAGAGUGACUCGAAAGAUAUACAGCUGAUGAAAUGUACUUUUUCAAUGGUGUUUUGGAGCAUGUUUAUCGCAGGCGACACAAAGGCACACGGCCUUCACUUCCUUUGCACAAAAGCACAUGUUGUCCCACACACAUGAACAUGUCGUUGUACUUUUAACCCGUGAUGUGCCACGCUGGAAUCAUUGCAAUACAGUAUGGAAUGU